AUGCAUCAUCCACAACUUCUCCAGGGAAUACUAUACAUCUACAUCACCGUGCAAAUGCAGCAAUCACACGCUUCGUCCCCGCAGUCACAUCCAAAGCACGGUUUCGAGACGGUCUUGAUGGGUUUCUUGAUGGAGGACCCGGAGGCAGAGGACGGAAGCGUCCAGUCGAUGGGCGAGGAGAAGGACGAGGCGGCCAUUUUGCAGUAG